UUUCAAUCUCAACUCGUAACCCUUUUUCAAGGGUUACAGAGAGAUUGAAUAAUCGAUCCGAUCUGAAUGCGAGAUUAAAGGAAACAACGAUGUCGUUCCAUUUCCCCAUUACCAGAGACCAGUCAUCUCGGAGUUCCGCCGUGUAUGCCGAGAGAAUAACCGAGGAACCGCUGCCGCAGACCAACAAUAAGAACUCGCAGACCACCGUGACGGUGAUGUACCAGACGAAUAUGGCCGGCUACUGGCGGAACGUGACCAUCAUAUGGUGCAAGAACGUCAUGAAUUAUUCUCUCAACAUCAUGGUGAACAACGCCGAGGGCGACAACGUUCAUUCCACCUGCAAGAUCGAGCUCAAACCGUGGCAUUUCUGGAGCAGAAAAGGGUACAAAUCGUUUGAAGUUGAAGGCAAACCAGUUGAUGUUUAUUGGGAUCUCCGCUCCGCUAAAUUCACAAGCGGACCCGAACCGGUUUCCGAUUACUACGUCGCCUUAGUCUCCGACGAAGAAGUCGUUUUAUUACUCGGAGAUUACCGGAAAAAGGCCUACAAAAGAACUAAAUCCAGACCGGCUCUGGUGGAACCGGUUCUGUUCUACAAGAAGGAGAAUGUAUUCGCCAAGAAAAGCUUCGCAACCCGAGCCAAAUUCGACGAGAAAAGGAAAGAACACGACAUCGUGGUCGAGAGUUCGACGACCGGUUUAAAAGAUCCCGAGAUGUGGAUAAGCAUGGAUGGGGUGGUUCUGAUACACGUCAAGAAUUUGCAGUGGAAAUUCCGGGGGAACCAGACGGUUCUCGUCGACAAACAGCCGAUUCAAGUGAUGUGGGACGUUCAUGAUUGGUUCUUCAGCAGUCCAGGGACCGGGCACGGCUUGUUCAUAUUCAAACCCAUAUCGACGGAGUUAACGGAUUGUAGUGAUAAAGAAGGGAGUAGCCACGGCGGUGACAGUGAUACCAGUACCGGAACCUUGUAUUAUUCGACGUCGAGAAGUAGCCUUUCGUUGACGUCGUCGGAGUUCAGCUUGUUUCUUUAUGCAUGGAAGAUUGAAUGAACUUUUUUUUGGUCGUAAUUUAAUCGUGU